AUGGAUUUCGACAAACUCAGCAUCAGCGAACGCAAGAUCAUCGUCGGCAUCGACUUUGGUACCACAUACUCGGGCGUAGCUUGGGCCGAGACACAGCGUCCAGAUCGCCGCGUUGCUGUCACCGUUUGGCCCAUCUCCAAGACAACCCGCGAGGGCGAGUCGUCAGAUAAGGUCCCGACCAAGCUGUGGUACGCCAAUGGCAACGACAAUCCGGAUUGGGGGUUUUCCAUCCCCAUGAAUGCGCCCUCAGAUGAGGUCGUUGAGUGGUUCAAGCUUGACCUUGACCCCUCUCUGCAAUCCAUGGGAACCGCAGUGACUAGCGCCGCCACGCGGGGUGGCCGCAAUGUUGACAAGCUUGUCGCCGACUACAUGUCGGCACUUACUGACCAUCUCAUGUACACCCUGCGUGAGAAGCUGGGAGAAGGUGUUGUCAAGAGCACCGCCCUCGAAUUCGUCGUCACAGUUCCCGCAAUUUGGAGCGAUUUGGCCAAAGACAAGACCAAGCAAGCCUGCCAUCGAGCCGUUGGACCCCUCUCCCAAACCACCACGCCCCCAAUUCACCUCAUCUCUGAACCCGAGGCCGCCGCCAUCUACGCCCUCCACGGCCUUGACCCCCACGGUCUUCAGGUGAACGAAAGCUUUGUCAUCUGCGACGCUGGUGGCGGUACUGUCGACCUCAUUUCUUACACCAUCACCAACCUCAAGCCCAUUCUCGAGGUUCAAGAGGCGACCCCCGGUACCGGCGCCCUUUGCGGCUCCACCUUUCUCAACAUGAGGUUUGCCAAGUUCCUCAAGGCCAAGCUGGGGAAGGCAGACGGAUGGGAUGAUGAGGUGCUCGGCGAUGCGAUGGAGAGGUUCGAGAAAACGGCACUCGGUGGCCUCGCCAACAACAAAGAGCUUGGUAUUAGCCGCGGGCGCUACGCCCUCAAGCCCCAGGCCUCGGACCUCCGUGUCAUCUUCGAACCCGUCGUGCAAGAAGUCGUCAAGCUUGUCAAGGAUCAAAUCUCGUCCUCCAAGGUUCCCAUUAAAGCCGUGCUCUUGGUCGGCGGCUUCGGUGCCUCCAACUACCUCAAGGAACGCCUUCGUGGUGCCAUCGACCCCUCCAUCCAGAUCAUGCAGCCGCCCAACGCCUGGCUGGCUGUGGUGCACGGCGCCGUCAUGAAGGGGCUGGCGCAGAGCGCGCCCGAUCAGCUGACCGCUGUGCGGGUGCAGAACCGCAAGGCGCGCAAGCACUACGGCACCGAGUGGCGGCUGCGGUAUGACGACAAGGUGCACCACCACCUACGCAACAAGAAGCACUGGUGCGGCCUGGACGGCUGCUGGAAGGUCUACACCAUGGAGUGGUUCAUCCGCAAGGGCGAUGCCGUGUCGGAGAACGAGCCCUUCUUCACCAGCUUCGUCUGGACGGGGCCCGUCUCCGGGGGCCGCAUCAAGAAGAUCAAGAUGGACAUCUACGCCGACCGGACCGCGCGAGACGCGCCCUUGGCGAGGGAUGAUAACGUCACCCUGCUGUGCCAUGUUGAGGCCGAUGUCAGCCACAUACCCGAGAAUCAGUUGCAUAGACGCAAGGGGAGUGAUGGGAACUGGUACUACGAACUCAACUGCAAGAUUGAGGCAGUCUAUCUCUCUGCUUCGACGCAGUACACCCUGUUGUACAACGGCCAGCGGUACAACUCGGUCACAACCGAGAUCGGGUUGGUGGCGUUCAUCGAGAUUUUGGAAAGGAACAUUUGGAGGAUCGCCCGGUCAAGACGGAAGGCCAUAGACAGAGUACCCAGGCCGUGA